AUGGGCAUCAAGAGAAAGUUGAUUUCAGAAACAGACAUAAAAGGUUGUAAGGAUUUAUUUCAUGAUGUUUUUACAAAUAAACCACACCAUGUCUCUACUAUGUCCCCUUUGCAUGUACAAGGUUUUGAUCUUCUUGAAGGUGACAUUGGAACGGUUGGAUCCAAAAUUUGUUGGACCUAUACCCUUGAUGGGGAAAAGAAGAUCUCUAAACAAAUGCUUGAAGCUGUAGAUCAUGAAAAUAAGGUGCUCAUACUCAAAGAAUUUGAAGGAGAUAUAACGGAUAAAUAUGAUAGUUUUAAAGCAACUCUUCAUAUUGAAACAAAAGACAAAAUCGAUUUGGUAAGCUGGACAUUGGAGUAUGAAAGGCCAAAUGAGAAUGUCCCUGAACUUAUAAGUUUGCUGGACUUGGUUGUUGGUAUGACAAAAGGUAUUGAUGAUCACCAUGCCAAUUGAUGAAUUGAUAAGAUCUAUGUUGCUCGGACUCUUCAAAAAUGUCAUUAGGUG